CAGAGAGAGAACUGCUUUCAUUAUGUAAAACCCUUCCCUGUUCUCAUUCUGUUUUUUCACUUUUUCUGUCUGCCCCAUCCUUCUGUCCUGCAGCGCCCUGUUGCUGCCUGUGAAAGCGGUACAAAAUGGCUUACAGUGUGACUCUGAAUGGACCUGGACCGUGGGGCUUCCGACUGCAAGGGGGCAAGGACUUCAACAUGCCCUUGACCAUCUCCAGAAUCACCCCUGGCAGCAAGGCAGCACAGUCACAGAUGAACCAGGGGGACCUUGUCGUGGCCAUUGAUGGAGUCAACACUGACAGCAUGACCCACCUGGAGGCCCAGAACAAGAUCAAAUCAGCCAGCCACAACCUGAGCCUCACUCUUCAGAAAUCUAAACGUCCAGUGCCAGUUUCAACCACAGCUCCCAGAAUUGACUCUCCCAGGGCUGUAAUUCCCCAUCAGAAGGAACCUGCUUGGGAAAUCAAUGGCAACAGAACAACCUUCAGCCCUCUAACUAACACGGCGACUGGGCCUAUGGGUAGUGUUUUAGCAACCAAUGGAACAUUUUCAGGCUACCUCAACCAGCAAGAGAUCAGCUUUUCAAAUAGCUCUUCCUACCUAAGGACUACCACAGUUAGAUCUUCCAUGUCCUCUCAGUCUGUGACUCCUGACAUUUCACCUGCCAAGAGCACUCUAGGUUCCAAAGCAAGCCCUGCUUUGGCUGGUGGCAGUAGCCCUGCACACCAGCUGAGCCCUGCGAGGCAGUAUAACAACCCCAUUGGCCUUUACUCAGCAGAGACCCUGAGGGAAAUGGCUGAGAUGCAUAAAUUGAGUCUCAACCGAAGGGCUUCGGAAGGUGGACUUCCUAGAGGUGCCCUCCCUAUUAAGGAUACUCACGUGGACAGUGCCUCUCCGGUGUAUCAGGCUGUGCUUAAAACUCAGAACAAGCCUGAGGAUGAGAGCGAGGACUGGAGCCGCCGCUCUGCCAACCUGCAGUCCAAGUCCUUUCGUAUCCUUGCCCAGAUGACUGGAACUGAGUACAUGCAAGAUCCAGAUGAAGAAGCUCUGAGGAGGUCAAGAGACAAGGAAAAGGUUGCAGCAGCAUCAGAAAACAGGCCUACAGGUACCACGCAUGUGCCACAGUAUGUGACCUCGAGUAUUUGGCAUCCUCCUAAAUCAUCCACCAGGGAUGCCAACACUGCCAAUGCUCAGCCAGUGGCCUCCAAGGGGUCUGUGAGGCUUGGAGCGGGUACAAGCCAGGGGGAGGCCGGUUUUGGCCAGAAAACCCCUCUUGCUUCAUCCAGUAACCGAAGAGUUCUUGCAGCCCCCAGCUCUCUUUCCCAGCCUAAGCCUUUCCAUGCGCCCAAGAACAUGUCAUUAGCAGCUUCCACUAUUUCAUCUGCUAUCUCAUCUCAGUCUAGUUUCAACCGGCAUUCUUCCACCUCCAUCAGCUACCAGUCAAAGCAGAGAAACACAACCCAGUCAUAUACACCAAUGCCAGUUUCUGGAAGCUACAGUGAAAGUCCUGCUCCUUCUGCUGCUUCAAAAAUGAGAGUUGUUACUACUGCCAGCAUAAAGCCCUCUGUCUACCAGCCAGCGCCAGCACCAGUUCAUUCCUACACCCCUGCCAACACGGAGCCUGCGAGUCGCCCUCCCUGGGUAACAGAUGACUCCUUUUCCCAGAAAUUUGCACCUGGAAAAUCCACCACCACUGUCACAAAGCACAUCCUACCAAGGGGUGCUCCAGUGCCACCUCCUGCCUCAAUUUCUGCUUACCCGUCUCCAGUUUCAACUUCUUCCCAGCCCCCUGCAUUAGCCCGGGGAACAGUUCAGAGGGCGGAGCGUUUUCCAGCCAGCAGCCGAACUCCCCUCUGUGGGCACUGUAACAGCAUCAUUCGAGGUCCUUUCCUGGUAGCCAUGGGUCGCUCUUGGCACCCAGAAGAAUUCAAUUGUGCUUAUUGCAAGACAUCCUUGGCUGAUAUGUGCUUUGUGGAGGAGCAGAAUAGUGUGUACUGUGAGCGCUGCUACGAACAGUUCUUUGCACCAACCUGUGCCCGAUGCCGCACUAAGAUUAUGGGGGAAGUGAUGCAUGCCCUAAAACAGACUUGGCACACAAGUUGCUUUGUCUGUGCUGCUUGUAAGAAGCCAUUUGGGAAUAGCCUGUUCCACAUGGAGGACGGGGAACCUUACUGUGAGAAAGAUUAUAUUGCUUUGUUCAGCACAAAAUGUCAUGGCUGUGAUUAUCCUGUUGAAGCUGGAGAUAAAUUCAUUGAAGCUCUUGGACACACUUGGCAUGACACCUGCUUCAUUUGUGCUGUAUGCCACGUGAAUUUGGAAGGUCAGCCAUUCUAUUCCAAGAAGGAUAAGCCACUGUGCAAGAAGCAUGCCCAUGCCAUCAAUGUUUAAAAGAAGUGUUGGUAGUCAGUAAUGCUGGGGUAAAACAGAUGACUAACUGGGCAAUCGUAAAGUUGAUAACCAUGGCUAGCAUUUCUCUUGGUAAAAGCUGGAAGUUGGUACUUCUGAAGUUUAACUUUAUCCUCUUUCGUAAAUGCAGAACGUGCUUAUUGCAAAGUUCAUACAAAAAUCUACUGAAUGAACAGUCAAAACCAAAUGAACUAAUGAACUAGUCCAUUAUUAGAGCAACAGUUGGGGGAAAUAUUGAAAUUAACUAAAACCUUAAUAUAAAAAGUAAUGUGCAAAUAUAGUUUUAAGUUAACUACCCACAGCAGAUUUACUGCUUAGACCACACACUGGUGUUUAAAAACAACUGGAAAACUCUGUACUAAGUCAUUUUCUUUCACAGCAAGAAUGAGUAAGUGCCAUAUGUACAGUCAUCUGUAGAACCAAAGGCUUUCAAAGGGAAAUAAAUAGAUUAGGGCUUCCUCUAGGAAAAGUGAGUGCUAUUCCAUUAUGCUGUGGUGCUACCUCAUAGCAUCAGAUAUUUUAGAUUCUUUCCAAAUAGCAAGUCUGCCUUGAAUCCAUAUGUAGCUGGGAAGCCUAGGUGACAAUCCAUAACAGUUUGAAAAUAAAAUGGUUGGGUCAGCCUUGCUAGUGCACUUGGCUUCUAUGUGCACAGUAAAUAAUUCACUUUCAAAUCAUAAUGGAAAAGGACAGCUGGCUUUCUCCGAAUUGCUCUUACACUGAAUGGAAUAGAGCUGGCUGGAAAGGCCAGCUUUUAAUUCAAAACCAGUUUUCCUUUCCUCCCGUGGAAAAAAAUAGAUUCAAACUUGCUGUGGUUUCUAAUUCCCACUGAUAUCAGAGGGAGGUAGGAACCUCCAUCUGGAUCUUCAGGCUGGCGAACACAGGAGAAACACAUUCAUCUAGCACAACUAGGUUUGGGAGCUAGCCUGCAAAAAUUCCCUACUCUAUCCCACAUAAUUAGGAAAAAGGCAUUUUUUUUCCUACAGUAAAUGAAUGUUGCUUAAAUAUUCAUAAGGCAGCAGGCACAUACUCUUUAUUCCUUUCCUUUGUUUAAAUGCAACACAUCAUGAAUUGUAGCAGUUUUUGCCAUUGGAAAACAGCAGCUAUGUUCCAACAAUUAGGAUAACCAUCUUUUCUAACAACCAUAAAGGCAUCUCUCCUAAUAGCUUGAGAACAACUUUCAAGUUGUUCAAACAGUUAUUUAUAGAACUCUAUAGAAACUAGCAAUACUUGUAGUACUGAUAAUACUUUUGAAUAUUUGAAUAUCAGUGACUUUUCUAUUGGAGACAGCAGUUCUGUCUGAUGGAGGUAAGAUGGAAAGUCUGAUCACCAUUCGAGCUUUAUUAACUCGUUUAAGUGAGAAUUACAAUGUGUGCGCUGACAGCUUGCAGUACUGACAGUUUUUAAUUAGUACUUCUGAGGCUGAGGAUGCUUUCUAUGGGCCACAUGCUGGUGCCAUUUGCACCUAUUUACCUUGUGUUUUGAGUAGCAAAAAAUUACAUAACAUUGUCUGUCAUUUCCCUCCCAUGGGUAAUGCCCAUUUCAUGGUAAUUGGUGUGUCUUUUAAGGGAUGAAAAACUAUCCAAAGCUUGGGGUAGGAAUAAAUGAAAUUUGGAGUUCUAAUAUAAGAGAUAAGUUAGCUGCAGGCAGUCUGCAUCUUGGACAGAAAUAACAACCUGAACUGCCUGUGGCAGUUUUGACAUGUAUGACCUGUAUUUAUUGAGUAGGUAUGUUAGUUUUCACUGAUCUUAGCAGUGAUCUGCUCUGAGUUGCUACAGGGUCAGAUUUUUGUAUGCAUGAAUUAUUCUAAAACACUAGUGCAUUAUAUGAAAAGCCUUUUUUUUUUUUCUAUAAGCAAGCAAAUUUUCUGUUUUCAGUUGGUGCUGGGCUGGUGUGAAUAUGGUUCCAUAGAUUACAAAAUCCAAAGAUGUGGCUCAUAAUGUUCCCCAGAAGAGUAAAUCGUAAUUAUGGAAGUUAAAUAUUUUUUUACACUCAUAUUUGACUUCCUUAAAUACAUAUUCACAACAGUGAGAAAAUUCUACAUUUCCUUUUCAUUUUUCAGUGCCAUUCAACAAAAUGCUGUUUAUUAUUAUCUGUUAUUUGAGAGAUUUCACAUCAGCAUACUGUAUACUGAGACUGCAUUGAAGAUUGCCUUUAGGCAGAUUUGUGUGUUGGCCACUGACUGGGACUGGCCUCUGACUGCAACAUCAGAACAGGGAGUCAGGCUUCACAGGAAGGGCUUGUGAUGGAUGCCUCAGGAGAAUUUCAUGAGGUCUUUCACCUCUGAUCUGCAUGUGUUUCUAUGUGUGUGUCUCGUUCUCCCCUCCACCUUCCCCCUCAAUGUCUCUAUAAGCUUCCUCUUCGCUGGCAGUAUGAAGGAUAAAUCUUUUUAGGAUCUGGCCAGAGAUGCUGGGCUGCAGCUUAGGGAGUACAGUCUGUGAAAAGCUGCUGGCAGGCAGCAUGGCUGGGACUGAACUCCCUCAGGUUCCCUGGGAAUCUCAGACUGGCAGCUGAAGUGGCCCAGAUCAGCCUGGAGUUAUUGGCAUGGAGUGGGGAGGGGAGGGGAGGCUGGGAUCAGAGAAGAGAGAGCACCUUUGGCAGCCAGAAUGUAGGGGCUCUGCAGGCCUCUGGUUGAGUGGGAGAAGGUGAGGCACUGAGGAGAUGGGAAGCCCUUCCUGAGGCUGGGGUUGGAGGGGGGGAAUAGCCAGGUAAGGCCAGUUUCACCAAGCUGGCAUGUCAGCUGGGGUGGGGCAGAGGGGGGGGCGGGGUGGGGCAGCCAGGAGGACUCACUGCAGUCAGGGAAAGGGCUUGAAGUAAGAAAUUAGGGUACAAGUAGUUCCAAAUAGCCCAGAGAGAUGGUUUGAAUACGUACAGAAGGGGCGAGCAAGGAUCCAAUCUGUUAAAUUCGAAGUCUGGACUGCAGGAAAGGGAAUGCAAUGUACAUAAGCAGAGCUGAGCUGGCUUGCAGGGUGGCAACAGUGAAAAUGCAGCAGCACAGACUUCAGUGGGAGCUGUACUGGCUUGAGAGAGUCCUGAAAAUUUCCUUGGGCAGAGAACCUGCACUGUAGCACAUGCCCUGACUCCAGCUGGUGUCUGAGCAAGUGAGAUUAAAGCUAGUUUACAUAUCACUAUAUGAGGUACAGUGGUAUCUCUGAAUGAAGAACAGAGAUACCCUGAGGAUUAUCAUGUAAUAAAAAUUUCCUGUUAUGACUUGUGCUGCUUCAUAAUGUGGUCCAAAAAUAGGGAAUCCACGUACCCGCCCUUGAUAUCUCUAUUAAGAUACAAUUUUUGCACAUAUCUGAACCAGAAAUUUGUGAAAAAUAAUGUAGCAUUUUAACUUUCACAAGGGUAGAAUAUCACAUAACUGCUGAUACUCUUCUGAUACAUGUCACCUUUGUGAUAUGGAGAGGGUAAAAUAUAUAUAAUAAUAUAUAUCUCUAAAAUUCAAGAUACGGCCUUUUAACUAUCACUGAAAAUAGUGUUGUACAAAAAUAUGCAAGAUGAAAAAUGUGUACUUGAUCAUGUUUUAUGUCUUGUAAUAGAUACCUGGGAUAAAUCCUAAGUUCUUCUGAAUAUUUCUUUUCAUUCUAAUUAAUGUGAGGUUUUACCCAAUAAAACAAAGAUACUGUACCUCUGAAUGAUCAAUUAAAAAGAUCUGUAUUUUAUAUAACUAAAAAGUGUUCAGUAACUUUUCAGUCGGAGGAUUCAGAAGCUAUUUUAAUGCUUUUCUCUCUUUUGGUGUUCUUUUUGCAGAGCAGAGUAAAUUAAAUGUUUCCAAAGAAGGCCACUUUUAUUAUGUGGGCAGAAAAAACAGCCUUAGAACUUCUUUUUAUUAGUUUUUACUGUAUUGGAUUCACACAUUACAGAUUUCUAAAAUCAAUUCAAAACAAGGAAAAAUACUUUUCUAUUGGUCCUUCAGUGGUCAGUACUUUGGGUGAAAUGUUUUGCUAAAGAUUACUUGUAUUUAUGUUUAAAUAAUGUGGAUGUCCACAGCACUGAACACAUUCAUUAGUGUCUAAUGCUGGACACACUAAUGUUUGUUUGCAAUACUCGUCUCCUGGUAGUGGAUAUUAAUUUGUUUAGUAUUUAUAAACAUCAGAAUUUGAAACUGAGUGAUUUAUUGCCUGCAGUGAUCAUAUAUUAGAAGUCUAGGUUUUAAAAUAUUUUGACAGGUUGACUUGAUGCCACAAGUGCCCUUGCUUUUAGAUAGAUAUUUUUUCCUAAGUUCCUAGUUAUUUCAGAACAGAAUGUCGUGUGGUUUAUGAGAUGUAAUUACCUUGCAUGGAUUAUCUCUGCCAACAUGAAUAAAACAGUCUAGUAAUAAAAGCAAUGUGCAAAUACAGUUAAAGCUUUAUGAUCUGGGUAUAUUUAUUAAUAUGGCAUGUGAACAGCUGACAGAUUUCAGCCAUGUAAUAUCAGUAAGAAAGCAUACACAAGCUUGUACUCUCUACUUCAGACUUGAAAAUAAAAUUUGAAAGCAUUGGUUUCAACUUUA